AUGAGCAGCAUUCUUGAUCAAACUCCUGUGGUGGAGGAUCGCGAUGCUACCGGUGGCAUGGUCAAGGGCUCAACGGACCGCUACCAGAUUGUUGAAAAGACACUGGGAGAGCCGCGUGAUUUGCGAAUUAUCACUGUGGGUGCAGGUGCUUCAGGCUUAAAUCUCGCCUACCAGAUCGACAAGCACAUGCAGCAAGUCACACACAUCGUUUACGAGAAGAACCCCGAAGUGGGAGGCACGUGGUACGAGAACAAGUAUCCCGGAUGUGCUUGUGAUGUCCCGUCUCACAAUUAUCAAUUCACGUGGGAGCCCAAUCCAGAAUGGACCAAUUUUUACUCCUCUGCACCCGAGAUCUUGGAGUAUUUCAAAAGGCUGGCAACAAAGUACGAGCUAUACCGAUUCAUUAAGCUCGGCCACAAGGUCAUCCACGCCAGGUGGGAUGGAGAGCAAGGGAUUUGGAACGUCAAGAUUGAGAAUGUAAGCGACGGGUCUGUCAUUGACGACUGGUGUCAUUUCCUCAUCAAUGGCUCCGGAAUUCUAAACAAUUGGAAGUGGCCAGACAUCCCUGGACUCGACUCCUUUAGAGGCCGACUUCUUCACAGCGCGGCAUGGGACCCAUCGGCAGACUGGCGAGGAAAGUCUGUGGCCGUGCUUGGCUGUGGAUCGUCUGGGAUUCAGAUUAUUCCCACGAUACAACCCGAUGUCAAGAAGCUGAUCACUUUUAUCCGAACACCAACCUGGAUCACCGCCGGCUUAGCCCAGAGCAAAGCAGGCCCAGGUGGAGCAAACUUUGCCUUCUCGGAGGAACAAAAGCAGACAUUCAGAGGGGACCCGAAAGCCUACAUGGGCUACCGUAAAGACAUCGAAUCGGAGCUCAACUCUCGAUUUAAAUUUCCGCCUCAGAUUAUCAAGGAUAGUCCAGAACAGGAGGAAGCAGUUAGAUUCACCGUCAAUGGGAUGAAGGAAAAACUGGGAAAAGACUCCCCGCUACUGAAGCAUAUGCUACCAACCUUUGCCGUCGGCUGCCGACGUCCCACGCCAGGGAAUGGAUACCUGGAGGCGCUCACUAAAGAAAAUGUUCGGGUGGUGACAGACGCCAUCUCGGAAAUUGUCCCAGAGGGCAUCAAGACCUCCACCGGAGAGAUCUUGAAAGUUGACAUGUUAAUAUGUGCCACGGGGUUCGACAUAUCAUUUUGCCCCAGAUAUCCAGUGAUUGGAAAAGACGGCAUUUCGCUUGGGGACCAGUGGAAAGACAAACCAGAGGCUUAUUUGUCUCUCGCUGUUCCAAACUUUCCAAACCACUUUAAGCACGCUGCCAAGUACAUCAUUCAGAUACUUCAUAAAUGCCAGACAGAAGGCAUCAAAUCCGUUGCCCCUAAACAGGAGGCGGUAGCGGAUUUUUCUGAGCACAUUGACAUCUUCAUGAAGCGCACUGCUUGGAGUACGCACUGUCGAUCGUGGUUCAAGAAUGGAAAAGUUGAUGGGCCAGUCGUUGCCUUGCACCCGGGUAGCAGAAUACACUGGUUCCAUAUGCUUGAGAAGCCGCGCUUCGAGGACUUUGACUGGCAGACCUUUGGUAAAAAUCGCUUUGCCUAUCUUGGAAACGGUUUCUCGACUAAAGAGAAUCCCGGGCGCGAUACUCCGUAUUAUUUUGAUAAUCCUUAUGAAGGCUACAGGGGCAUUACGUAUUAA